AUGCGAAUGAGCGGUUUCGAGCCCGUUUUGGCUGUUGCCGGAUCAGCGUAUGCGCUUCCCCAAAACCCUGCUCCCGCGAAGGGUACCUCUCUGCCCUCGAACGUCGCUCUACCUCCAGCCCUCCCCCUCGACGACUUCAAGACACCCAAGUUCGCUCGUCCGCUUUCGCUUGAAGAAGCUCUCUCAGGAGUCAACGCCACGGUCACCACCAUCGUCGAGAACAUUCAGGAUGCUAAGAACAAGCUCCCUGAGCUCGUCAUCCCCGACACGCCCUCGUCGAAGAUUAUCACCGACCUCCUUCCCAACAUCAUUCCUUCCAUUCUUCCCAGGAACCCCGCUGAGCUGGACGAGGAGCUAGAGAAGUUCGAGAAGAGGCAGAGCACCUGCUCCAACCCCCGUAUUCGCCAAGAAUGGGACUCUUACUCCAACUCUGACCGUCAGGCCUACGUUGAUGCCAUCAAGUGCUUGCAGAGCCGCCCGGCAUCUGGCCAGUUCCGUCAGUCGCAGAGCAGAUACGAGGACCUCGUCGCUCUCCACCAGACCCUGACCCCUAACGUCCAUGGUAACGCCAAGUUCCUCCUCUGGCACAGGUACUACCUCUGGACCUUCGAGCAGAUGCUCCGCUCAGACUGCGGUUUCAACCGUGAGCUCCCCUGGUUUGAUGAGACCAGGUACGCUGGCCGCUUCGGCGCCUCGUCCAUUUUCAGCAGCCAGUGGUUCGGCAGCGUCAACAUUGGCGGCCAGUGCGUGACCAACGGCCAGUUUGCUGGUCUUGCCAUUAACAUCGGUCCGGGCUCUGGCAAUACUCGCCACUGCUUGGCCCGUAAUGGCGACGACUCCCGCACCGCCAACACCGGCAGCGCCAUUGUCGACGCCUGCAACUCCCGCUCUACCUAUCCCGACAUGGCCUCCUGCGCUGAGGGUGGUGCCCACGCCUGGGGCCACAACGGUAUUGGCUCCGUCAUGCAGGACACCUACGCGUCGCCCGCCGACCCCAUCUUCUUCCUGCACCACGCCUUUAUCGACCGCAACUUCCGCAUCUGGCAGAACAAUGGCGGCGACGCCCGCGUCACCCAGAUCUCCGGCACCGACUCGCAGGGCUCCCAGCUCCGCUUGGACACAACCGUCAACGUCUACGACUUCCGCCCCACUGUCCGCAUCCGCGAUAUUCUUAACACCCGGAGCUCGACCCUGUGCUACAGAUACAACUACUAA